AUUUUGAAGGAAUGUCUAGCUGGACUUCCUCACUUCCUCAAGAGAAACCGGAAGAGCAAGCAACAACAAACUUUUCCCGGUAAUUUUAUAUAGCUAGCUAGCUAAAGUUGUUUAGUGUUUUCUCAUAUUUAGGCACCAACACAUUAAAGAACACUUCGACAACCAGUAUAUCCCUUCCCAGCGAGGUAAGUCGUGAGGUUAGCGAGCUAUUUAUUGGCAUGCUUGCUUAGCCAUAGUUAGUGUUUUUAGCGUAACGUUAGCCGGCUAGCCAGAAAUCAACAUAGCUAGUAGCUAGCUAGUUAGCUAGUAGCUAGCUAGUUAGCUAGUGCACUUGUUGAUGAUACGUGAAUGCAACCUGAAGGUAGCUACAGAUAACUUGUUUUGUGACCGUAUGCAGGUUAUUGUUCCAGCCUUGCUCUAACAUUAACUAAACUAAUCAAGGUAUUGGUGAGCAACUGAAUCCGGUGUGUUUUGAGCAGGGCUGGAACAAAAACCUGCACACCAGUUAUCCAGGGGUAGGGUUGGCCAUCCUGGCAUCUGCUCCAGUCCACAGAGGGUGGCUUGACCUAUUAUAACUAGGUCCCUGUGUCUUAUUUAAUAAUGUUGAUCCAUUAUAACUAGGUCCCUGUGUUUUGGUUAAUAAUGUUGAUCCAUUUUAACUAGGUCCCUGUGUUUUGGUUCAUCAUGUCACAUGACCUGGAUUUUAACCUUUUAUUUUAAGCCAUUUCUAGAAAUUAGUAUUAGACCAAAAAGAAAAAGAAAAGGGCACCGUUUAAUGAAAAAGCUUUAAAUAAAGGUUAAAACCCAGGUGACAAGCAUGAUUAACCAAAACACAGGGCCCUAAUAUUAUAACAACUUGCAUCUCUUGUUUCAGAUACUUGCAUGUUUUAGAUUUCAACAUGUCCUUGAGUGCAGUCCACUCCACGCUGUCUAGUCUGAAAACAUGUCAGCCAGAUAUUGGAACUGGGAUGGACAUUGUGACAGACGUUGCGCUGGAUGUGGCAGAAACAGCAGGUAGGUUAAUGGCACAUCUCUGUCAGAGAGACACUGGGACUUUACUGUGCAGAUAAUAUCUUUGUUGAAUCCUUCUCACUGGACAGACCCUUUGUAUAUAGUCAAUGGUACUGACUGACUGACGUAACUAGAAAGUGGAGCGGAACACAGGGAUGGAACUUGAGGAUUUUGGGAACUGGUCAGCAGGGCAAGUAUAUUGACAUUUUUACUAGCCCAGGUCAAAAAUCUGUGCCAUGCGAUAUUUGAAAAUAUUAAAUCUCGCUAGCCAGCAGCCUAGUUAUUUAUUUUAUUUUACCUUUAUUUAACUAGGCAAGUCAGUUAAGAGCAAAUUCUUAUUUACAAUGACGGCCUACACCGGCCAAACCCGGAUGACGCUGGGCCAAUUGUGUGCAGCCCUAUGGGAAUCCCAAUCACAGCCGGUUGUGAUACAGCCUGGAAUCGAACCAGGGGGUCUGUAGUGACGCCUCAAGCACUGAGAUGCAGUGCCUUAGGCCACUCGGGAGCCCGGGAGUUUGACACAUUUUCUACUAGCCUGGUCUGAAAAGCACUAGCCGCGGACUAGUUGGACACAUUUUCUACUAGCCCGGUCUGAAAAGCACUAGCCGCGGACUAGCUUAAUUUUCAUCCCUGGGUACACAUCAGUCCAUCUCCCAUACAAUUGUCUGGUUCAAGUACUUCAACUUUUUGUAUUUUGAGUAAUUGAGUGCGAGUAUAGCAUUCCAGUUUGGGGGUUUCAGAUUUCUACGAAGCACAGAAGACAGAGAGCUAUGGCAUGCUAUCAUUUGGAAGCUUGUGCCACCAUAACCAACAGUAUGCAAGAUUUGAAGGCAUUGUAUUGUAUAUUCCAGGAACUGAGAAUGAUGCAGUCCUGAAGAAGCUAGACUUGAUGAUGCUGGAGUGUGCCAAACUGGACCGGGAGAUCAACUGCUUCGUUGAGGUGGUGGACUAUGUCACUGCAGAGGUGAGUAGGGGACUACAGGGGUUCAAGUUCUCCGUCAUUGUGACGGAUUUCCGUCAGAUGGAUUCUGGAGAUGUCAUUUUUUGAGAUCAGUGUAGAUCCUCAAACAUCAGUGUAUAGCCUACUGUAGCUGCUGGUCAAGUCCUUCAAAGCCUCUACGUUAUCACUUUUGGCCUUUGUUAAGAAAGAGGGGGAUCCCAGCUUUCCAUUGCUACCAUAUUUAUUUCGCUACUCCUAAAAUUGCGUGCUGCAUCAUUUAAGUUUUAAGCAUGGUUUAGGCACAACUGCUCAACAGAACUCUUUAAGGGGCAACGGGGUCUUUAAGGGGCAACGGGGUCUUUAAGGGGCAACGGGGUCUUUAAGGGGCAACGGGGUCUUUAAGGGGCAACGGGGUCUUAAAGGGGUCUCAAAGCGGUCUGAAACAGGGAGGUACUACCUGAUCUUGUCCAAUAUAUGAAACUCUUAGUUUUAUUUUCCACUGCGAAGCGUUUUGCUACAGUGUGCUCUAAUGAAUAUGACCCUGAUUCAACUAAUCAAGAGCUUGAUGAUUAUAUGCUAAUUGCCACCUGCCCACCAGGUGAUGUACAAGGAGGUUAGGGUUAACACACCUGUCCACCAUAACACCUGUCUGAUGAUACCUGCCUCCUGCCUACUAGGUGAAGUACCAGGAGGUUAGGGUUAACACACCUGUCUGGUGAUAUCUGCCUCCUGCCCACCAGGUGAGGUACCAGGAGGUUAGGGUUAAUACACCUGUCUAGUGAUACUUGCCUCCUGCCCCACCAGGUGAGGAACCAGGAGGUUUGGGUUAACACACCUGUCUGGUGAUACUUGCCUCCUGCCCACCAGGUGAGGAAUCAGGAGGUUAGGGUUAACACACCUGUCCACCAUAACACCUGUCUGAUGAUACCCACCAGGUGAGGAACCAGGAACCUGAGGCCAUGUUCAGACUGAAGUCUUUGGUGAAGGAGAAGUUCACUGAGACACACGGCAGACUGUCUGAAGGAGAACUACAGAACCACGUCAAGCUGGUCAGCUUUAAGGAGAGCGUCAGAAACACACUCAAAACAAGUGAGGCAUACGCACGCACGCACGCACACACACACACACACACACACACACACACACACACUAGUUCUAUGUAGACUAGAGACUAGCAUCAUGGUCACUGGGAAACCAAUGUUGUGUGUAUGUUCUGUCUACAUCAGUGAACCCUGAGGCAGCAGAGAAUAUGGAGGAGGAGCUGGAUGAGGACAUUGCUGUGACGCAGAGUGAGGUUAACUUCACCUGUCCCCUCACUCAGGUUGGUCUCUCCUCCUGUCAGUGUCAUUACCAUGUAGCUAACCUGUCCCCUCACUCAGGUUGGUCUCUCCUCCUGUCAGUGUCAUUACCAUGUAGCUAACCUGUCCCCUCACUCAGGUUGGUCUCUCCUCCUGUCAGUGUCAUUACCAUGUGGCUAACCUGUCCCCUCACUCAGGUUGGUCUCUCCUCCUGUCAGUGUCAUUACCAUGUAGCUAACCUGUCCCCUCACUCAGGUUGGUCUCUCCUCCUGUCAGUGUCAUUACCAUGUAGCUAACCUGUCCCCUCACUCAGGUUGGUCUCUCAUCCUGUCAGUGUCAUUACCAUGUAGCUAACCUGUCCCCUCACUCAGGUUGGUCUCUCCUCCUGUCAGUGUCAUUACCAUGUAGCUAACCUGUCCCCUCACUCAGGUUGGUCUCUCCUCCUGUCAGUGUCAUUACCAUGUAGCUAACCUGUCCCCUCACUCAGGUUGGUCUCUCCUCCUGUCAGUGUCAUUACCAUGUAGCUAACCUGUCCCCUCACUCAGGUUGGUCUCCUGUCAGUGUCAUUACCAUGUGGCUAACCUGUCUCCUCACACAGGUUGGUCUCUCCUCCUGUCAGUGUCAUUACCAUGUAGCUAACCUGUCCCCUCACUCAGGUUGGUCUCUCAUCCUGUCAGUGUCAUUACCAUGUAGCUAACCUGUCCCCUCACUCAGGUUGGUCUCUCCUCCUGUCAGUGUCAUUACCAUGUAGCUAACCUGUCCCCUCACUCAGGUUGGUCUCUCCUCCUGUCAGUGUCAUUACCAUGUGGCUAACCUGUCCCCUCACUCAGGUUGGUCUCUCCUCCUGUCAGUGUCAUUACCAUGUAGCUAACCUGUCCCCUCAAUCAGGUUGGUCUCUCCUCCUGUCAGUGUCAUUACCAUGUAGCUAACCUGUCCCCUCACUCAGGUUGGUCUCUCCUCCUGUCAGUGUCAUUACCAUGUGGCUAACCUGUCCCCUCACUCAGGUUGGUCUCUCCUCCUGUCAGUGUCAUUACCAUGUAGCUAACCUGUCCCCUCAAUCAGGUUGGUCUCUCCUCCUGUCAGUGUCAUUACCAUGUAGCUAACCUGUCCCCUCACUCAGGUUGGUCUCUCCUCCUGUCAGUGUCAUUACCAUGUAGCUAACCUGUCCCCUCACUCAGGUUGGUCUCUCCUCCUGUCAGUGUCAUUACCAUGUAGCUAACCUGUCCCCUCACUCAGGUUGGUCUCUCCUCCUGUCAGUGUCAUUACCAUGUAGCUAAACUGUCCCCUCACUCAGGUUGGUCUCUCCUCCUGUCAGUGUCAUUACCAUGUAGCUAACCUGUCUCCUCACUCAGGUUGGUCUCUCCUCCUGUCAGUGUCAUUACCAUGUAGCUAACCUGUCUCCUCACUCAGGUUGGUCUCUCCUCCUGUCAGUGUCAUUAACAUGUAGCUAACCUGUCUUCUCACUCAGGUUGGUCUCUCCUCCUGUCAGUGUCAUUACCAUGUGGCUAACCUGUCCCCUCACUCAGGUUGGUCUCUCCUCCUGUCAGUGUCAUUACCAUGUGGCUAACCUGUCCCCUCACUCAGGUUGGUCUCUCCUCCUGUCAGUGUCAUUACCAUGUGGCUAACCUGUCCCCUCAAUCAGGUUGGUCUCUCCUCCUGUCAGUGUCAUUACCAUGUAGCUAACCUGUCUUCUCACUCAGGUUGGUCUCUCCUCCUGUCAGUGUCAUUACCAUGUAGCUAACCUGUCCCCUCACUCAGGUUGGUCUCUCCUCCUGUCAGUGUCAUUACCAUGUGGCUAACCUGUCUCCUCACUCAGGUUGGUCUCUCCUCCUGUCAGUGUCAUUACCAUGUGGCUAACCUGUCUCCUCACUCAGGUUGGUCUCUCCUCCUGUCAGUGUCAUUACCAUGUGGCUAACCUGUCCCCUCACUCAGGUUGGUCUCUCCUCCUGUCAGUGUCAUUACCAUGUGGCUAACCUGUCCCCUCACUCAGGUUGGUCUCUCCUCUUGUCAGUGUCAUUACCAUGUAGCUAACCUGUCCCCUCACUCAGGUUGGUCUCUCCUCCUGUCAGUGUCAUUACCAUGUAGCUAACCUGUCCCCUCACUUAGGUUGGUCUCUCCUCCUGUCAGUGUCAUUACCAUGUGGCACUUAACAUGUCAUAUGACAACUCACAUUUCACUUGAAUGUGGUUGUUGUCUUGUGUUUUUCCCCAUUUCAGUAAUUCAUGAUAUGUAUGUUUGGUAUUUCUUUACCACUGUAACUAAAACGGCUCAGCAACAGGACAAUGAAGCUUUACAGUGUGGUUCUCUCCAUGUUGUUGUGCGGCCCUGCAGGUGGAGAUGGUGAACCCAAUGAAGAACAAAAAGUGUAACCACCACUACGACCGGGACGCCAUUAUGGGGAUGAUCAGCGCCAGGCAAAGCCAGAAGAAGAAGUUACGGUGAGACAUGAUGUUCCUAACGACUGGUUCACACGUUGUCGUGUUUAGUCAUUUCAUUUACAGCACAUUUGUUGUCUUGAGUCUGCCUACCCCUGUUGCUGUAGCAUCUUGUCAAUCAGGACGUGUUGUCGUCUCUGCACUAGCCUGCUGUUUUCUCACCUGUCGUUACGCUUAAACAACUGUUGCAGUAAAACAGAUUGAUUACAUAGUUCUUUCUCCCUCCCACAGCUGUCCGGUGGUUGGCUGUGGCAACAUGGACGUGAAGCAGGGAGACCUGAUCCUAGAUCAGAUUAUGAAGAGACAGAUCCAGAAGAGGUAGACUGCCAAGACAUGAUUCUGGUCCAGAAGAGGCGGACUACCAAGACAUGAUUCUGGUCCAGAAGAGGCGGACUACCAAGACAUGAUUCUGGUCCAGAAGAGGCGGACUA